CACUUGAUAAUACUGGCUAUUACAGUUCUAUAAGUACACUUUUAGGUUUUACAUAGGCCGAGAAGUUUGUGUAGUUAAAAAAAGAGUGAAGGAAAAAAAAUGGAGUUAAAGAAGUUAAGGGCUUUUGUUUUGGUGUUAAUGGCCUUUGGGGUAUUUAUAGGACAGUCCAGAGCCUCUAUUACCUCUUUUAGAGAUUGUUAUUCGAAAUGCUUUGUGUUUUGCUUAAUUGAACCUUCUCAGAAUCUCUGCACUUGCACUUCUAGAUGCUUAAAAGAAUGCAUCUUUAAUACUGAUCCAGGUAACAGUACUUCUAUUGCCAGUUCAAAAAAUGAUAUCAGCCGUCAACCAGACAGUAAGAACCUUAACUUCUGCAAGUUGGGUUGUGCUUUCUCUACAUGUUCUGCUCUCAGCACAAAACAUCAACCUAAUGGUGGAAAAAUGGAUGACUGCGUUGGAUCCUGCUCAAGAAUGUGCACCAAGAACUACUCGUCACCAUAGAAGUGGACUGCCACAGUCUCAAAUAUUUUAUUGGACUUCAUUCUCCUCUUCAUUUUUUUUUUUUUUUCUGUGGCAUUUCCCAUUGCUUUUUCUUUUUCUUAUACUGUUUUCCAGUUUAAAGAUGGAGAAGUAAUUCACGAGAAUGUGUUUCUGAAUUCUGGCCUCCUUCCCUAAUCCUUUUGUAGACUUCAGAGGAAGCAAAAUUCUGCAGUGUCACAAGGUCAAUCCUGUAAUGUCACAAAGUCUAAUGUUGUUUUUAAAGAAAAGCUACCCGAAAAACAAAUUAAAGGCAAUAUUCGUUUUGUCAAUUACAAA